CUCGACCUGUAUGACGCGGUGCUCCUGCUCGACAUUGGCCGCAGCAAGUACCUCCUCAGCGGGACGCUCGACCUCGACGAUGGGGCGUGGGAGCACGACUUCACUCUCGACAUCGGCGAGGCGAUCGCCUACGUCUCGAAUGCGGCCUCCCUCCUCGCGAUGGCAGGCCGGCGGCUGCAGCAAGCAGACUUGGGCAUGCUUCAGGCUCGGGUCCUGCAGCGGAACGGAACCGGCGAGGCGACCCUCGUCGUCCCGCUCACCGUGGAGCACAUCGAGCAAGACGCUAGCAGCGUACCUUCGCUCAACGCGACCGCCGGCCUGGAGGCAUGCACCGAUCCGCAGGCGGUGCCGACGCCACUGAUUGUGCACGGCGACUACUACGAGGCUAGCGAGGCGUCGAAUCUCGCCCUCGUCGGCUUCUCUGUCGCUUCAUUCCUGGCAGGCGUUCUCGUCGGAGCCGGCGCAUUGGCCACCAUCGCUUUCUGCGCCUACACGGGGAGAGUUGAACUUCGCACCGCCGUGUGCGGCAAGGACAUCGAGAAUUUCGAUCGUGGCGGCGUCACGGUCGCCAUCCCAGCGGCAACCCCCCCAAAGUCCAUCUCCGCGCGUCUCUCGACCUAGCUCUCGACCGGCCUCCCGCCGGUGGUGAGGGUGAUGGAGGCAUGAGCGAGCGAGAAAUGGGCGGGGUCCUGUGUCUCUCUGUGGGCGACCGUUGCGUUUGGCGCCCUCCCGCGGCUCCGCGCCUCCAGGGGGUUGGGCUCACGGCCGGGGCGUGCCACUUGUACCGAUUAUUUAUGUGCAUUACAGCUGUGUGCCUUGC